AGCACCCCUGUCCUAAACCCAGUGAAGUCAACGUUGGGAAAAGCCAGAGUUCGGAAGCCAUGGCAGUUGUUACUGGAACAUUCCGUAUGGUGUCUGAGGAGGAGCAGGCUCUCCGUGCCAAACUCGAGCACCUGACAGUCAAGGACCAUGGGCCAGUCUUCGGGCCCUGCGCCAAGCUGCCCGACCACACCAUGCAAAAGGCUAAAGAUGAGCUGAUGGAGACAGACGAGAAGAGGGUGUCUGCUGUGAAGGAGCUGAGGGGCAUCAUUAAGGACAAGACGGGAGACGACCUGGGCAAAGGGGUGAACGACACCUUUGGGGACAAAGCUGACGGCAUCCUGCUCAGAUUCAUCCGUGCCAGGAAAUUCGAUGUCAACAGAGCCUAUGAACUCAUGAAGGGUUAUGUGCGCUUCAGGCGUGACUACCCGGAGCUGUUUGAGAACCUGACUCCAGAGGCAGUAAGGAGCACCAUCGAGGCCGGCUACCCCGGCAUCCUCUCCAGCCGGGACAAGUACGGCCGCGUGGUGCUGCUCUUCAAUAUCGAGAACUGGGACUACGAGGAGAUCACCUUCGACGAGAUCCUGAGAGCCUAUUGUGUGAUCCUGGAGAAUCUUCUGGAGAACGAGGAGACGCAGAUCAAUGGCUUCUGCAUCAUUGAGAACUUCAAGGGCUUCACAAUGCAGCAGGCCUCGGGCAUCAAACCCACUGAGCUUAAGAAAAUGGUGGACAUGUUGCAGGACUCCUUCCCAGCUCGUUUCAAGGCUGUCCACUUCAUCCACCAGCCCUGGUACUUCACCACCACAUACAACGUCGUCAAGCCCCUCAUGAAGGGCAAGCUCCUGGAGAGAGUGUUUGUCCACGGAGAUGAGCUUGACACCUAUUACAAGGAAUUUGACGCUGACAUCCUCCCCUCAGAAUUCGAUGGCAAAGCCGGCAAAUACGACGGCAAAAUUGCAGCAGGAAAACUGUUCGACUGAGCACAAAACUGUUCCCACACACAUGUAGAAUAAAAGGGGAGGGGAAAUAAUAUUAUGAUAUUGGUAUUCCUUUUAUGACAAAUGUAGGUUUUUGUGAGCGGUCUGAGUCCAAAGGAGUGAAAGCGAGGGGGGUCCACAAGAGAAAGCCCUUUGGCUGCUGUGAUCACUGCUUUUCCACUUGAGGCUGCUCAAUACCACAUGAUAGACCCACAGUUGCUACAUACUACUGCUGGCCAGCUACUGAAGGCACAGAGUCCAUAUACAGGUAUAGCCGGUAUGGAACCUGCAGGCCUUUAGCUCCAUGUGGGUGUAUUUUGCAGAUUAGUUUUAUUUAAAGCCAAACCCAAUUCUAUUUUCCUGCAUGUUAACACAUUGCAACAGGACUGAAGAGAACAGCUUGUUCUUCUAGGAUGUUCCUAUUUUGCCAAAUUGUUCCCCCCACCUCAUUCCACCAUCAAAUACACCCAUUACCGUACCUGUAGUGUCUUGAAGGCUCUUUCCAUGUUUUUGUCCACAUUAUAAUGCUGCUCUUGAGAUUAAGUAUCUAUCUAUUCUUUUUUUUGUUUUUAUUUGACUUCAGUGGGGAAACGUGUGUACGCACAAAGAGUAAGUAUAACAUUUUGCCAAUACCCAACUUGCCACCAAUAUGACUG